AAGAAACAUUAAACCAAUUUUUUCCCUUUAAAUCCACAACCCCACUCUCACUUCUCUUCACACAAACAAUUAAACUCACUCCUCCUCAUCAUCGUCCAUCAUGGGAGAAGGUGAAGUGGUGAACCUAGAAGAAGAGCAGGGAGUUAUGGAUAUUAGUCUCAAAGACCUCUCGAGAAAGCUUGAAGAAUUUGCCAAAGCGAGAGAUUGGGAGAAAUUCCAUAGUCCCAGAAACCUUCUCCUUGCCAUGGUAGGUGAAGUGGGAGAGCUAUCAGAAAUAUUCCAGUGGAAAGGAGAGGUGGACAAAGGGUUGCCAAAUUGGGAAGACGCAGACAAGGAGCAUCUUGGAGAAGAGCUAUCAGAUGUUCUUCUAUAUCUUAUCAGGUUGGCUGAUAUUUGCGGCAUUGAUCUAGGCGACGCCGCAGCCAAAAAGAUUGUCAAAAAUGCAAUCAAAUACCCACCUAAAGCUCUUUUGAAAUAACUUCAUUAUGCAAUAACCUGCCAUUUUUGCCUGCCAAUUGAGCUUGGAAAAAAAAAAAAAA